CGUCCCUCUUUCCUGUUCCGCAUCCCUCUCUGCCCAACGUCUUCUGCCUCCCGCAUCAUCUCGACUCAAGACUUGGCACCCGGCAAGCAGACCGAUUCCACCAUGUCGGCCGCCGAGAAGGAGGUUACGGCUCCGGCCGCCAAGCACAUCGCCGGCCUGGCUACCACCCAGGACGUCGAGCGCAUCGAGGCUCCCGUGACCUGGAAGGCAUACCUCAUCUGCGCCUUCGCCUCGUUCGGUGGUAUCUUCUUCGGCUACGACUCCGGUUACAUCAACGGUGUCCUCGGCUCGCAGAUCUUCAAGGAUGCCGUCGAGUUCGUCGGCGCCAAGGCCGUCAGCGACUCGCACCAGUCGCUCAUCGUCUCGAUCCUCUCGUGCGGUACCUUCUUCGGCGCCCUGAUCGCUGGUGACGUGGCCGAGUUCAUUGGCCGCAAGUGGACUGUCAUUACCGGCUGCUUGAUCUACACGAUUGGUGUCGUCAUCCAGAUGAUCACUGGUCUCGGCAACGCGCUCGGCGCCAUCGUUGCUGGUCGUCUCAUCGCCGGUUUCGGUGUCGGCUUCGAGUCCGCUAUCGUUAUCCUGUACAUGUCGGAGAUCUGCCCCCGCAAGGUCCGCGGUGCUCUGGUGGCCGGCUACCAGUUCUGCAUCACUAUCGGUAUCAUGCUGGCGUCCUGCGUCGUCUACGCCACCCAGAACCGCACGGAUACCGGCAACUACCGCAUUCCGAUUGCCAUCCAGUUCACCUGGGCGCUGAUCCUCGGCGUUGGUCUGCUCUUCCUCCCCGACUCGCCUCGUUACUUCGUCAAGAAGGGCAAUCUCGAGGCCGCCACCGCCUCGCUCUCGCGCCUCCGUGGCCAGCCCAAGGACUCGGAGUACAUCCAGGUCGAACUCGCCGAGAUUGUUGCCAACGAGGAGUAUGAGCGUCAGCUGAUUCCCGCCACCACGUGGUUCGGCAGCUGGGCCAACUGCUUCAAGGGCUCGGUCUUCAAGGCAAACUCGAACCUGCGCAAGACCAUUCUCGGUACCUCGAUGCAGAUGAUCCAGCAAUGGACCGGCAUCAACUUCAUCUUCUACUACUCGACUCCCUUCCUCCAGUCGACCGGGGCCAUCUCCAACACGUUCGUGAUCUCGAUGAUCUUCACCAUCAUCAACGUUUGCUCGACCCCGCUUUCGUUCUACACUGUCGAGAGGUUCGGCCGCCGCACCAUCCUGUUCUGGGGCGCCCUGGGCAUGGUCAUCUGCCAGUUCCUCGUCGCCAUCAUCGGUGUGACGGUGGGCUUCAACCACACGCACCCCAACCCGGCCGACCCGACGACAACGCUCGCCAACAACGUCCCGGCCGUCAAUGCGCAGAUCGCCUUCAUUGCGAUCUUCAUCUUCUUCUUCGCCUCGACGUGGGGUCCUGGCGCCUGGAUCGUGAUCGGCGAGAUUUUCCCGCUGCCGAUCCGCUCCCGUGGCGUCGCCCUCUCGACCGCCUCCAACUGGCUGUGGAACACCAUCAUCGCCGUCAUCACCCCCUACAUGGUCGGCGAGAACCACGGCAACAUGAAGUCUUCCGUCUUCUUCGUCUGGGGCGGUCUGUGCACGUGCGCCGUCGUCUACACCUACUUGUUCGUGCCCGAGACCAAGGGUCUGUCGCUCGAGCAGGUCGACAAGAUGAUGGAGGAGACCACCCCGCGCACGUCCAGCAAGUGGAAGCCCACCACCACCUUCGCUGCCACCGUCGGCGCCGACGAUGCCUACCUCACCAAGAACACCGACGCCAAUGUGUAAAGUGGGGUUUGGCGCGCGCGCAGCUUCCACCCAGGUGCUUGCUUGCUUGUCUUUUCUCCCUAUAAGGAUACCCAGCCUGGUGCAGCAAUUUUACGGGUUACGGAUUUGCAUAUGCCAUGACAUGCGACAAGUGCUGGUUGGAUGCUGCCUCGGUGAAAUGAGGGUUGGCUUUUUUUUGAGGGUUGGCUUUUUUUUCUUUGGCGGGAGGAUACCUGAGCUGAGAGAUGUGAAACGAUCUACAUCUGUACGGAUAACUGUGGUGUUCUUUCUGCAUCGGGACAAGCAUCCCGACUUUGUAAAUAAUCUCCUAAUUUCUGGCAAUCCCGAGCAGGAAUCUCCAAAAAAAAAAAAAAAAAAAAAAAAACC